UGAGGAGAUGGUUCUCGCCAUGCUGGGGGCUCUGUACCCCAGGGCCAGGCUGAGCCUCUUCCUCCUGGACCUCGUCUUGGCAGCCGCACUCCUCGGCCCCCAGCCACCGAGGCCUCAGCAAUCUGUUCCUGAAGAAUUUUCAGGCCCUCUAGAACUCUCGCAGCCAUUUUCCGGCCUGGUGGAUGACUAUGGGAUUCGACCCAAGCACCCCCGGCCACGAGGGCCUCGACCCCUGCUCUCCCAGGCCCAGCAGCGCAAGCGGGACGGGCCAGACAUGGCAGAGUAUUACUACGACGCGCACCUGUGACGGGAGCCCCUUAUAAAGCUAUUCUGGGCAGCAAA